UGACCUUCCAAAAUCCCAAUUCAGGCAAAACCUCCAUUUGCCGGUAAUCCCCUAAUCCCACUCGGUUAAAAAGUUGAAAACUUGGUCCCCCCAAUAUUUUAAGAUUUUUCCCACCUCGGAAAAAGCCACUGCAAUCCAAUAAAAGAGACUCACUGGGAUUUCAGUUUUUACAUUAAAGUAUUUUUUGGAGUAUUUGCACUUUGCAGUGAUCUUUUUGUGCCUACUGAUUGAGAAAAGGAAAGAGAAAGCAACAUCGCAGCCAGAGGAAAAAAGGAAGGAGAAAGGAUUUAUAUUGAUAUUGAAAGAAAGAAAGAGAGGAAACAUAAGUUUGUUUGUUUUUGUCUUCUUCUUUAUCUUCUUCCUUUACUAUGUUUUUUCCUCCGUUUGAUUAGUCCAUACUAAAUCCCAUUCUAUAGAACCCUCUUUUUUCUCCAUUACCCAUCAUCAUCACUACAACAAAAAGCAGCAAAAAAAAAGAAGACAAGAAUCAGAGUACUCACAAUGGUUUUGGGAUGGCGAAGAGCUUUUUGUACAUCGAUCCCCAGAGAUCGAGAUAGUACUUUGUUCAAAGAGAAGCAAGACAACACAAACCCAACUCCUAGUCCCAGGCUCAGUUCCAAAUUUGGGUUUUUCUCGAACCCUUCAACGCCGCGCUUACAGUCUCCGCCAGUUUCCAGUUCAUUACUCCGUUGCCGGACGACCACUACAACUCCGCCACCUACUGCAACUCUUCCGGUGGCGACAGCUUCAGUGCCAGGAAGUCCAAAACUUCAAUGCAAAACCAAAAACAGCCCCCGGUUUUUCAGUCGUUCUACACCAUCUUCCCCUCGUUCGCCAUCCACUUUUUCUUUUCUCAAAUCCAGCUUACGCUUUCCUAAGCAGACAAAGUGCGGCAUAUGUAUACAGACGGUGAAGACUGGGCAAGGCACUGCCAUUUUCACGGCUGAGUGCUCUCACAGUUUUCACUUCCCAUGUAUCGCAGCUCUGUUAAGGAAACAAACCGCCCUGGUGUGUCCUGUUUGCAGCAGUGAAUGGAAGGAGCUGCCUCUAUUAUCAAUACACGAUACUCAAAAGCCAGUCAAAGUUGAAGAGAAGACCAUUAGAGAAGUAUCUCCAUCUCCCAAAGCAGCAAAAAUAGAUGUCAAAUUCACAAACGAAAACAACUUUCAGCUGGGAAGGCCGAUUUUGAAGGUGUACAAUGAUGAUGAGCCACUGAUGUCUCCUACUUCUGGUGCUCGGUUCAAUCCCAUACCGGAAUCUGAUGAAGAGAAUGAUAAUGUAGUGGAAGAAUUUCAAGGAUUUUUCGUCGAUGCAAAUGUGAAGCUGGCGAAGGAGAGGACUGUAAAUUUCACUAACUUCGAGGCAAGAUUAUUGCCUGAAGCAGCCGUUGUAUCGGUUGGCCGGAGUUACGAAACGUAUGUGAUAAUAUUGAAACUUAAAGCACCACCGGUGUUGGCAAGGGCAGCUCGAAGAGCACCUAUUGAUCUUGUUAUGGUGCUUGAUGUUAGCGGAAAAAUGAAACCUCAGAAUAUCCAAAUGAUGAAACGUGCCAUGAGGUUAGUAGUAUCAUCGCUAUCCUCUUCCGAUCGGCUUUCCAUUGUGGCCUUCUCCACAACUUCCAAACGGCUGUUACCGUUACGGAGAAUGACAGCUAAUGGCAAACGAUCGGCGCGUCGUAUAGUGGACGCCAUUGUUUCGUUAGACGGAACCGGAACCAGUGCAAGUGACGCGCUCAAGAAGGCUGCGAAAGUUCUAGAAGAUCGCAGAGAGCGAAACGCCGUUGCAAGCAUCAUGCUCUUAUCAGACACUCCAAAUGAACGCUCCACCACCACCACCAUCUCCACCAAUCAACGGUGUCAAUCUUCCGUCGUAUCCACCUGCACGCGCUUUAACAACUUGGAGAUUCCGGUACAUUCCAUCGGACUGAACCAAUCCAACGACGACAUUUUCACGAAAUUCAUCGGAGGCUUAUUAAACGUCGUCGUUCAGGAUCUCCGAGUUCAGCUAGGGUUCGUGUCCGGUUCAGCGCCGGCUGAAGUAGCGGCAGUUUACUCGUACACAAACCGGCCCGCUGCUCUAGGUUCCGGUUCACUUCGACUCGGCGAUUUCUACGCGGAGGAAGAAAGAGAAUUGCUGGUGGAACUAAAAGUUCCCACGUCAGCAAUUGGGACCCACCAUGUAUUGUCCGUUCGAUGCUCUUACAAAGACCCGUCAACUAAAGAGCUCAUCUAUUGCAAAGAGCAAGCUCUUUUGGUCCCGCGUCCACACGCCGUUCGAUCAUCAACACCUAAUAUCCAACGGCUGAGAGAUCUUUUCGUUUCUACUCGAGCCAUGGCUGAGUCAAGGCGAAUGGUUGAGCGAAAUGACUUGACCGGGGCGCACCACAUGUUGUCCUCCGCUCGAGCUUUGCUGGUUCAGUCGCAUUCUAGCUCAGCUAGUGAGUUUAUACGUGGUUUAGAAGCCGAGCUAUCUGAGCUUUAUUACAAAAGGCAAAAUCAGUCUCAAACUCAGAGUCAAUCUCAGCAUCGGCGAAGAAUAAACGUACAACAAAGGGAGGAUGACAAAGCCGAGCCGCUUACACCAACAUCGGCUUGGAGAGCAGCUGAAAGGCUAGCUAAAGUGGCUAUCAUGAGAAAAUCGUUGAAUAGAGUGAGUGAUUUACACGGCUUCGAAGAUGCAAGAUUUUAGUUUUUUUUAUUUAAAUUAAAAUUAUAGAAAUAGGUUAAAAGUAUAGGGCCUAUCCAUAUGAAGAAAAAAAUAAAACUAAAAAAACGACAAAGGGUACCCGACGGCUCGGCGCUUUCUGCAGAGGAAAACAACAGAUAGUGAAAGAGUAAGUGGGUACCCCACCAUUGGGUGAUUGAUUGAUUAAGGCGGUGUUAAGAGGGGGUGGGGUUAGAGGAGCUAUGUGCUUUUGUCUUUUAUUAUCUCCCAAAAAUUUUAUAAUCCUUUCUUUUAACUUUUCUUAUGUAGAGAUUUUAAUUAUGUUACGUUUAAAUGGAGAUGAACAGAAUAAUCUUUCUUCAA